CGACACCGGGACGUGGUGGCAGAAAAAGAGAGGGCCGCGCGGCAUUAUCGUCCAGGGCGCGCGAGGGGAAACCGCGUCGACCGCCACCGCAAACAGCAAACGCCAUGAAGCCCCCCGGCCGCCUCGCCACCGCGGCGGCCGCCGCGCUGCUCGUCGCGGCGUCGCUGCUGCUCGCCACCCUCCUCACCUCGCCGCUGCCGCUGCUGCCGCUGCUCCCGUGCCUGCCGACCGUCACGGCGCCCUCGGGCGACGGGUACGCGCCCGCGGGCCUCGCCGCGCUCGCCGACGCCGCCCUCUACUACGCCACCACGCCCAACGUCCCGCAGCAGUCGCACGCCGAGAUCUCGCUCUCCCUCGCCGUGCUGCGCCGCCGCGCGCCGCUGCGGCUGCUGGUGUUCGGCCUCGGCCACGACUCGCCGCUCUGGCACGCGCUCAACCCCGGCGGCGUCACCGUCUUCCUCGAGGAGGACCCGGAGUGGUACCGCAUCGUGCGCGCCCAGUCGCCGUUCCUCCGCGCGCACCUCGUCAGGUACCGCACGCGCCUCGACCACGCCGACGUCCUCUUCCGCUCCUACAGGAACUUCCCCUCCUGCGUCCCCGGCGCCGACGCCGACGGCGCCCCCUUGCGGGUCCGCGCCAACGCCGAGUGCCCGCUGGCGCUGCACAACCUGCCGCCGGAGGUGUACCAGAACGAGUGGGACAUGCUCAUGGUGGACGCGCCCAAGGGGUACUUCCCGUCGGCGCCCGGCAGGAUGGCGGCGAUAUGGACGGCGGCGGCGAUGGCGCGGGCCAGGCGCGGCGAGGGGGACACCGACGUGUUCCUGCACGACGUGGACCGCAGGGUGGAGAGGAUGUACGCCGAGGAGUUCCUCUGCGAGAGGUUCCGGGUGGGAGCGACCGGCCGGCUCUGGCACUUCAGGAUCCCGCCGGUGUCACGGCGGAACGGCACGGCGGCCGGCGGCGACAAGAGGCCUUUCUGCUGACGAUGCAGAUCUCCGAGGGGUGUUUUUAGAAGAUGGCCUCAUCGGUGCAAGUGUCAAGCUCUGCUGCUGUUCUGCUAUCAUGUUCUCUUUAUUGAUUGUACUGUACAUGUCGGGCACAGCACACAGUAUGCUCAUGUGCUCAGUUGACAGGUGUAGUAAUUAGGCGCUUUGGUUGCUGCAAAAAUAUACUGUAUGAAAUAAUAAGGGACCUCACGUGUCCUUUUUUUUGGGUGAAGGGGCCUGGUAGAAGUGGGCCCAGAAACAGGCUGUGGUGUAAUCAGUCAUAUUUCGUACUCCCAUAAUAUAGAACAUGUGAGUACAUUGAUUGUAUUAUGAGGCAGGAAUACCUUAGAGCAAUUAUGAUAAGAUAAUACAAGCAGGUUGUAAGCA